AUGACCAGUGGCGCAAUGAGUCCCGCAACCUGCUUUGAGUUCUGUGUUGGAGCUGGUUUGGACCUUUUUGCCUUGGUGCAGGGUGAAGAAUGCCGCUGCGGCGCAUCACGCCUCAACAAAGGUGUUUGGGGCGAGAAGUCCGCACCUCCAGGACAUUUACAAUUGCCAGCUCCAUUGAGUAGUUGCCUUACAGAUCAGGCAUGUCCUGUGCGAGUCUAUCGAUGGCUUGGCCCCUUCGUCUCUGGAGGCUCAGUGCCAGAGCAUUUGCUGAUGUUGAAUGUUGGCAACACCAUCUAUGUGGACUCCAUUGUGCACGGAAAACGCAUCACUGAGGAACAAGAAGAGGAUGGAAAAGUUCCACCUCCUCCCAAGGAGGCAAAGUUGCAUGAUGUGGAGCAUCUGAAGGAGCAGGCCGUUGAUCCGCGUUGGGACCGGCCUUGCGGUGACAACCCCGGAUGUCAAGCGGGCCGUCAGUGGAAGAAUCGGAACCCUGUGGCGCCGCCGGGAAUGGUGGCGCAGUGGGAAGAGUAUGUCAUCGUGCCCUACAAGUUCGACGCAGGUGUGGACGACGCCCGGAAGGAGGUCUUCCGUGCGGCUGCCGCCGAGUGGCGGCUCCACACCUGCGUGGCGUUGGUGGAGGAUGACGAUGCUGCUCUUUUCUACAUCUUGGUUGGCAUUUACGACCUCAACAGCUGUUGGGCACAUUUGGGCAGCCCAGAGCCCUAUUAUUACUACCACCAAAUCAACCUGGGAUGGUGCAAAGAAAUGGCCCACAAGGGAUCCGUGAUCCACGAGAUUUAUCAUAGCUUGGCGUCGCUGCAUGAGCAACAGCGAGCUGAUGGUUCACAAGUGUACUAUGGUAAAGGGCCACAUUUGGAGAUGUUUUGGCAGAAUACCGGAAAAUGGGCAAGUCAAUACGAUCCAAACGUGGAUUCAUAUAUCGGUUCGGCGGACGAUGGUGGUGAUGACCCUCAGAUUGGCUACGCUGCAUACGACUUUGAGAGCAUCAUGCACUACUACCGACAAAGAAACUACAGCAACCUAGACAUCAACGAUGGCUACUACUACAACACCAUACCUGCAUCGGCCAAUACCCUCGUGGGCAACCGCGUGGGGUUUUCCCAAGGGGACAUUGUCCAAGCGCUGGAUGCAUACCGGUGCAGGCGCAUCAGUGAGACUACCACCCCAAAUCCGACCACAACCUCGCCUACCACGUCACCCACAACCUCGCCUACCACGUCACCCACAACCUCACCUACCACGUCACCUACGACCUCACCGACGACAUCACCCACAACCUCGCCUACCACGUCACCCACAACCUCGCCUACCACGUCACCCACAACCUCGCCUACCACGUCACCCACGACCUCGCCUACCACGUCACCCACAACCUCACCUACCACGUCACCUACGACCUCACCGACGACAUCACCUACGACCUCACCGACGACAUCACCCACAACCUCGCCGACCACAUCACCUACGACCUCGCCUACCACGUCACCCACGACCACACCCACAACCACAACCCUGUCCACGACCGCGACUGCAACCACUACCACGACCGCAACUGUGCUACCGUCCUUGGAAAUUCGGAAGAUCACCGUCCGUACCACCAGGUGGAGAAGCGUUUCUUUCACGCAACCCUUCAGCCAAGUCCCUGUGGUGGUCGUUGCCCCCUCCACGGGCAAAGGCCCUGCCACUAUCCGUGUGAAGGACAUCACCACCACCGGUUUCCGGGCGAUCAUCGCCAAACCAACCAAGACCAAGGUGCGGCCAGGUGAGCUCAUGACUGUGAGUUUCCUGGCCAUGUUGCCUGGGGCUCAUCAGCUCAACGGUGUGUGGCUGGAGGCCGGUCGUACCAACACGCGACGCCUGAAGUUUGGCAGGAAUUGCAAAGCCCCUGGACUCAAAAACUCAGACUCUGGCUGGCAAGAAACUCGCUUCGCGCACACCUUCACCACGCCACCGGCCUUUUUGACCACUAUUCAGACGGUGAGGAAUGAGAGAGGUUUGCCAUCCAACUCACGGCCGUGGUUCACAGUUGCUGCGGACGGUGUGAAUGUGGAUGGUGCUUUGGUCGCCUUGGAGAUGUCUGAGACGACCAGCUUCGGAAAGGUGAAGCGGCGCGAACAAGUGGGCUGGAUCGCCAUCGACCAAGGCAUUCACAGUCUCUCAGGUUCCACAGGGGUUGCGACAAUGGUGGCUCUGAAGUCCCGCCGUGUUGUGAGAGGCGUCGGCGAUGGACCGCAGACCUUACGUUUGGGCAUCCAAUUCUCGGGAAUACCCUUGGUGGUCGCGAGCCAAUCGACCCGGCGUCCCAGCCGGACCGAUGAUGGCGGAUGGGCUCGAGUCAUGGGUUCCAGCCCCUCAACGGUGGAUGUGGCCAUUGAUGAAGAUAAGAGCUGCGACAAGGAGAGGGGACAUGGGACAGAACAGGUGAGCGUGGUAGCCUUUGAUCGUGCUGGAACUUUUUGA